AUUCGCCCGGGUCGCUCAGGUUCCAGGGGCGGAGCGCGACUGAACCCGGGUAGCCUCGCCGCCCUGGGCCCGGCCCCGGCCCGCCCCUCUGGGAGGCCGAGCCGGGGCGGGGUCAGCGUGGUGUUGGCAGGGGACGCGCGGAUAGGGAGCAGGGGAACCCGGGGAGCCAGAGCCGGAGGGACCGCGUACCUGCUGCCGCCGAGCCCGGGAGCCAGGAGCAGACGACCGAGUCAUGUGGCUGGAAAUACUCCUCGCCUCAGUGCUGGGCUUUGUCAUCUACUGGUUCGUCUCCAAGGACAAGGAGGAAACUUUGCCACUUGAAGAUGGAUGGUGGGGGCCCGGGGUGAGGCCCACAGCUGGGGAGGACGAGAGCAUCCGCCCAUUCAAGGUGGAAACGUCAGAUGAGGAGAUCAAUGGUUUGGAACUGUCUUCUGGAAACAAACUUUCUCUUGUGCUCUGCCUCAUUCACCUUCUCUACUUGGGGUCCUGCAUUUUGCUCCAGGAUUUACACCAGAGGAUUGACAAGGUCCGUUUAACCCCACCUUUGGAGGACAGCCGCUUCCACUACGGUUUCAACUCCAACUAUCUGAAGAAAGUCAUCUCCUACUGGCGGAAUGAAUUUGACUGGAGGAAGCAGGUGGAGACUCUUAACAGAUAUCCUCACUUCAAGACUAACAUUGAAGGCCUGGACAUCCACUUCAUCCACGUGAAGCCCCCCCAGCUGCCCUCCGGCCAGACCCCAAAGCCCUUGCUGAUGGUGCAUGGCUGGCCUGGCUCCUUCUACGAGUUUUAUAAGAUCAUUCCGUUGCUGACUGACCCCAAGAACCAUGGCCUGAGCGAUGAGCAUGUUUUUGAAGUCAUCUGUCCAUCCAUUCCUGGCUACGGCUUCUCAGAGGCAUCUUCCAAGAAGGGCUUCGACUCAGUGGCCACUGCCAGGAUCUUUUAUAAGCUGAUGCUGCGGCUGGGCUUCCAGCAAUUCUAUAUUCAAGGCGGAGACUGGGGAGCCCUGAUCUGCACCAACAUGGCCCAGCUGGUGCCCAGCCUCCCCUGGCCCUUCUCUGCCCUCAGCCACGUGAAAGGCCUGCACUUGAACAUGGCAUUCAUUUUAAGAAAUUUCUACACCCUGACCCUUCUCCUGGGACGGCGUUUUGGGAGGCUUUUUGGCUACACCAAGAGGGAUAUGGAGCUGAUGUACUCCUUAAAGAAGAUCUUCUUCAACUUAUUGAGGGAGAGCGGCUACCUGCACAUCCAGAGUACCAAGCCGGACACCGUAGGCUGUGCUCUGAAUGACUCUCCCGUGGGACUGGCUGCCUAUAUUCUAGAGAAGUUUUCUACCUGGACCAAUCCAGAGUUCCGAGACCUGGAGGAUGGAGGCCUGGAGAGGAAGUUCUCCCUGGACGAUCUGCUGACGGGUGUGAUGCUCUACUGGACGACAGGCACCAUCACCUCCUCCCAGCGCUUCUACAAAGAGAACAUGAGGCUGGACAAUAGGCACGAGGGGAUAAAGGUCCACGUGCCCAUGGGCUUUGCUGCCUUCCCUUGUGAGGUAAUACACGUCCCAGAAAAGUGGGUGAAGUCCAAAUACCCGAAACUCAUCUCUUAUUCCUACAUGCCCCGUGGGGGCCACUUUGCUGCCUUUGAGGAGCCAGAGCUGCUCGCCCAGGACAUCCACAAGUUCGUGGGGCUGCUGGAGCGGCAGUGACCCCGGCGGGGACCGGCUGUCACCUCGCAGGCAGCCCCUGCCCUGGCAUGGCAGGCUUCCUCCCGACACCCACUGUUUUCCCCGGAAGCCCCCGGUCUCCCAGCCCAGCUCCCAGUAGAAGUGAGGCUGGCAGGGAGGCCCCCUCCCAGUCCUCUGUUGGCGGAGUUGCCCCUUUCCCCAGGAAUGUGCUUGCUUCCAUCCCCUGCCCGUGCUGGGACCCCGUGCUCACCCCUCCACACACACUCCCCACACACUUUGUUAAGCAACAUGGCUUUGAUGAUAAAUGAUUUUCCUUCUAAGAGCGGCUGGAACAAGUGACAUGUUGAGCCCCUGCCCCACGUGGGGUGCCCCUUCCAGCAGAGCUGCCAGGUCUGCACUGGGGCCCUUGCUCCAGCCUGGCCAGGAGAGGCAGGAUGGGCCGCUGGGGCCGGCGGGAGGCCACUCUGUCUUCCCAGGUGCCGCCCGAGGCAGCUCUGAGCAGAGGCAGUGAGGCCGAGUGACUGCCGGGGACCUGCCCACCUCGCCUGGGCGGGGAUGGAAGCGGCCUCCCAGCUCUGCCCACCGGCACCCAUCACACCAGCUUGUGCCUCUGGCAGUAGGGAGGCAGCUUCUCUGGCAAGUGCCCAAAGGUGCGUCCCAAGCCGCAGGAUCCCGUGGGGCGAGAAAAAGCAAGAGGCUGUGCCCCUCCUUCUGUGGCCAUAGCUCUCCCUUGGCUUCAAGGAGGCCCUGAGCACUGCUCCCUUUGGAGGGAACAGACAGAUGGAAUCAAGGGCUGGAGGCUGAGCCCCACGCACUGGGCCCCGAAGAGGCAGCAUCUCACCAGUCUGGCUGAAUGGGCAUUUUAUUAGUGGUCCUCAUUGUCUCUGCCAGCUGCAGGGGACCCUAACCCAGCCACAGUGUCACUGGCAACGUGACAGAAAAACACAGAACCAUGGCAGGGACGUAGAGGAGACUGGGGCAGCCCAGCACCGGCCCGCUCCCGUCCUGUGCCCUGCGGCUCGCUCCUGGGGGCCAGGGGCAGGGGUGUGAAGGGCCUGAUAGCCAGAAGGGGAAGCUGGGAUGGACCUGGACCAUCAUCUGGCACCCAUCUCAGGCCUGUGGUUGCUGCAGACUCUUUGGUUAUCAGUUGCAUGUGUGCCCGGAGGAGGGGGGCAGUGUCUGAAUGCUCAGAGGGAGAAGGUCUUCCACAUGGUACCUCCCCCUCUUGCUUGAUACAGUCACCACACUAAUGGGUUGGAGGAACACAGUGCCAACACACGAUCCUGCUGAAAACCGUCAGGGGCACCAUCCCAGCCACAGAGCUGAGCACUGAUGCAGAAGGGGGACUUGGAAAUAAACAGAGCCUCGGGCAAGCAAGGGAGAGUCCAGAGCUGCACAUCCUGCCCUUACCACUGCUAGGACUGGAAAAGACCACCACCUGAUGGCAGUCCCGCACUUCCGCCUCAGCCAGGGGCCAGAGUCCCUUUCUGCUCCCAUCUUGUUAGAGCUGUUGUGCUUAAAACAGGUGGAAAGAAGUCCUGACUUGGUUGAGGUUGGAGUCAAGCCACUUCUCCACCUGUGUCUCUUCCCCUCCCCACUCCCCGGGUCUGGACCAGCCCGGCAGCUCCCCGGCCCUCAGGCCUCCUGGCGGGCGGCCGCCACGCCGUCCGCAGGGCUCUGAUCCAGGCACUGCCGUGGGACAGUCCCACUGAUGUUGUGGAUGGCGAUGGCACCGUAGGUCUGCUGCUGCUGCGGGGACAGGGCUGUUUUCUCCGAGGACAAGCUGUUCAGAAUCCGGGGCACGUAGGACUGCCAACAAAUGGGGGUGUUAGUGCUUGGGUGGGGUGGGCACGAGAGUCCCUAUCCCGUUCCUCCCCUACCGCCCCGCCUCCCUGCAGCCGGAAGACACACAGAAUGCUCGUGAAGGACACAUAAAGAAAUAACAUCAACCUAGGACAUCAGGACCUAAACUACGCCAACUGCAGAUUUUCCUAACAGCCAGAGCAAAUCAGAACACACAGUCACAGUUCUCCUGGUCAUAGAGAAGAAAGCGCACACACCAAUUUCUCAGAGGAAACAAAACUCUUCCUGGCACUGGAUUCUAGAAGAACUUCUCACUCUAUGUAGGAAACAGCUCUGUCUACACAGGGCAGGCUUAGAAUGCUGUCAGCGGGACUUCUGAGCAGCUGACCGACUCUGCAGGUUCUGUUUCCUCUCAAUCCCAGACUCCAGCUGCCGACCUGAACCAGGCUGGGAACGAGGGAUCUGCAUCAUCCCCCUGCCCUGUCUGGCAGGCACAGUCACAGGUGUGCCUCUGGGUAAUGAAGCUUCCUGAAACCUCCUCUGGGGCUGGUCCAGAGACAGACACUGACACCCGAGAGGGAGCCACUGGAAAGAAUGCCGCUGCUGAUCUAGAUCGGCGCUGUCCCAGCCCUGUCUGUCAGGCCGGGCGGUCACAGCUCCGGGAGCCUGUGGCUCCACGCUCCUUUCCCAACCCCACCCUAGGAGCAGGACCCUGGAGGCCGGAAGCAGGGAGAACCAGGAAGGAAAGGAGUCCUGGUGUCUCUCUAACACUGUGCCUCCCCUCCAUAGCAGGUAAAAUGUUCAUUUGUUGAAUUCAGAGGGGAGUUAGUGUGACACCCUCUAGGUGCCUAGCAAAGGACCUCACACAGGCAGGUGCUGGCGAAAUGCUCUGAUAAAGCUUCAUCAAACCGCAGGGCCUUGCCAUAUGGCUUCGCUAAAGGCCCAAGCUCACCAAGCAUUAAAUAUGCAGAGAAGGAAAGUGAGCAGGCAACUGAAACCGAGGGAGAUGGGUAUACAUCAAGGCAAAACUAAUUAUCUUCUGGUGAUGGGUGUGGCUUCACACAUGCAAGAGAAAACAUCCGGAGGGACCAGGGAUUCCUUCUCAAAUGAUGUUAAUUCAGAAACCCGCCUGGCACGUGAUCAAGGGACUUCUGUCUUAACAGGAGAGGAUCAGAGCAGGUUUGCAGGGCCCAUCUGGUCGGGGCCGGUGCAGAUGCUCACGCUUGGCUAAGAACCGCACUUACUGUGAACGGUGAUGGCACGUGGGCCCCUGCCUCACUUCCUUUGUCACUUGCCGAUUCUUCCGUCUGCAGACAACAGCAAAAACUUGCAAUGAUAAACAAAACCGAUCUUCCUGAACUAACACCCUCUAAACAAACAGACUAUUAACACCCAGAAUAAUAGUACCAGCUGGCACAAAGCUCCCCGCGGCAGCCCAAGAGAGGAUGGUGUGGGCAGUGCAGGGAGCAGGGAAGGGGGCAGGGAGGGAAGCUACACAUCACACCCAGCUACCCACGCCUUGCCCGUGGAUAAAUAAAAUCUGGAGAGGGCCGUUGAUCUGUUGAUCUGGGAAGAGGUGGAGACGGGAUGGAGAAAGAAGCCACCAUCUUCUCCUCCCAGACCCUGGCUGGGCAGCAGGGGGGGAGGGGCCCUUUACCUUGUAGUUCAGAGGGCUGAGGUGCUUGAAGCAUCCAAAGCAGGUGUAGGCCAGGCAGACCAGGAUGGUAAGCAGAAGCACCAGGAAGGUGAACACGGUGAGGGGAGCCUUCAGACCUGCGGACAGAGAGAUGCCAGCCUUGGCGGGGGGGAGGUCACACCUGGUGCAGGAACCGUGUGUGGCUUCUCCCUCAGGCCGAAGACGAAGAGAAGGCAUCAGCCACCCCCUUCCCACCAUCUCCAGCAGCUGGGAUGGCAUCUUCACAGGCAGGGGCACAAAGAGUGACCCACUGAACAGCUGGCGUUAUCCCUGGUCGGAUUUCAGGUACUGGGGCACCGGGUCAAAGGCAAGUUGCCAGCUUCCUUGCCGGGUCAGUUCCCUCCAGUCUCCAGUGCCCUCGGCAGAGUCACACAUCUCUUCUGCCUCUUCCUUUUUCUCAAGAGUGGCAGUUCUCCCUCCUGCGUGUCCCCACUGCCUCCACACCGUGAAGUGUGAGGACCUGGGCCCAUCCACACCCGCAAAGAGCAUCACGGACGAGCUUCCCCCUCUCUGGUUCAGCCCCUUCAUAGCUGGUAAAGGGACCAUCUUCUCUGUCAGGCUGUCUGGGGCAAUCGCCCUGGCCUUCACCAGGUUACACCUGACCUCAGGAUAGCUUGGAACUGGGCUGUCGGCGCUGUACCCAACCAGCCCUCACCCUUGGGGUACCACCUUCUGAUUGGACACCGAGUUGAUGCUCUUAAAACAGGAAGGGAUUUGAGUGGCUGGUGUGGAUACGGGAAUAGGAGGCUGGGUGUUGCCUCCUGCCCUCCACCCCCGCCCUAGUCAGGCCACUCACCCAGGCGCAGGAAGGAAAAGAAGUAGAGCCAGAAGAGGCACAGGAUGG